CCACCCUUUUCUCCUCCUCUCUUUCCUCACACAAUCAUUGUUUCAUCCUCCCCCCCAACCCUUCUCUCCCUUCUCUAUAUAUAACUAACUUUGCCGCUACCGCCCCCACAAUAAUUCUCUCUUUCUCUCUCCACAAUUUCAAUUCCAAUUCCAAUUCUUCUUCUUUUGCUUCUUCUUACCCUAACAUUAGCAAUGAGCUCGGAGGCCACAACAAUUGAGCAAUUCCCGGCUCUCCCCGCGAUACGGACGACGGCGACAUCUGACGAGCCGAUCAAAGCCACCGCGGGGGCCGGCGAUGAUGACAAUGACGAAUGCGCGACUCCGACGUCGGAGGAGCACAAGAUCAAACCGCCGCUCAAACUCGGCCCCAACGACCGGCCUCGCCGCGUCCCCCGCAACCUCGUCGCCGCGUUCGACGUCGCCCUCCCCCCCAAGAAGAGGAUCCGCGCAGGUUAAUAUAUGUUACAUAUGUGAAGAGCGAUGGAUCUUGUGUUCAUGACCCUGUUUCAACUUUUUUUUUUUUUUUCUUUCGAUGUUUUCUGGUAGAGAAUAACACGAACGAUGAUGAUGAUUAGGGAAUUACAUGCAAAAAAAUUGCUGUAAAAUAUUAGAGAAUUCUAAUUAAUUAAGAUCGUAUUUAGUUUCUGAGAAUUGUUUUUUGUGGUAAACAUGUGAAUAUUGUUGUAGCUUGUAA